GUACCGUUAAAUUAAAUUCCUUACCAAUUUUAAUUAAAAGUUUCAUAGUUCCACAGUAGACGUAGCUGAAUUAUCGUCCCUUUACGUCCCUAUUGUUAGUUAAGAUGGGUGCAGGACAAAUUGGAGGAAUUGCUACAUUGCUGGAUUACGAUUUUAAUAAUGCCGCUGGUUUCGUUGGCAAGCCUGCCACAACUCUUGAUGGACAAUUUGUUGUCUAUUACUUUUCCCAAUCCCUGCUGUUCUGCGCGGGGGCGCUCCUGGAGCCGCAUAUGGUGCUGACGCCCGCCGUGUGCGUCUAUGGAGAGGACUACAUGUUCAAUGUCUACGGUGGCUCGCACAGAUUUCAAAUAGGCAUUGGCACGAAAAGAGAAGUUGAAAACAUUUGUUUACAUAGAUCUUACAACCACUCAGGGCGAUGGGAACACUGUGUGACCGACAACAUAGCACUGCUCGUGCUGAAUAGCCAGUUCGCGAUGCGGCAGUACGAGCCGAACACAGAGUACAUCAUGAACAGGCUGCGCUAUGGUGUCAGCUUGGACACUUUGGUGGAGAAGAAUGCGAAUAUCAAGUGCCGAUACUACGGGUGGGGUAGUCGGAGGAACGGCUUUCUGCUACCUUUGUUAACACAUAUGCGUAUGGUGGAUGUCAGAAUUAUGAACAACUGUGAAGAAAUGUGGAAUACUGGCAGCAGAUUUCUAUGCUUGAGCCAACCAAAUUGCAUAAAUGAGAAGUAUGGAGCAUUGUGUCCGGACGAUUUAGGCUCAGUGGUCGAAUGCGACGGUUACAUCCAGGGCAUGAUGACCUCCGAACUCAUCGACCGGCCCUGCGGCGUGGGAUUUCUGGACAUCUCGAAGUACAUGAAAUUCCUGGAAUGCGCGGUUGACGACUCACGUGACGCCAUUAAACAAAUGGCGCCGGUAUUGUCGGUGCCAGUGGUGGCGCUAAACACUGAACACCCUGAAACAUCGGGUGAAAUAGAGACCACCUUGGUGCCAGAGAAAACUCAAGAACCGGGUGAUGCAAGAAUGGGGAAUUUCUACGAUUAUUAA